CGAGCAGUGAAUGCCUCUGUAAGAGCGAGCUAAGGAGGAUUGUUCGAAUCGACGCCAAGUCGGUCGAUCGGUGGAUCAGCAUCAGGCGACCGCUAGAGUCCGUUGGAAGAUUUCGUGCAACGCGUGGGCGGAGAUUCUGCGUCUUCAAUGUUCAUAUUCGCUCCACGUGACAACAUGUCGACGUCUCGACAGGGCUCGACGACCCGGCGUAAUCGUUACGCCCGGUCCUCGACCACCACCAGCGUCACACAGAUGCUCAGCGAUUCUUGCUCGAGCCUUUUGCAACGGUUGACCACCAGGGUACGCGGAAUGUCCACGCUGAACGACAACAUGGGCAGCAAGCCUACAGCCCCAAGAGGAUCCCCUAACGUCAACCAGUUGAACAGCACCAGAACCCGUUUAGAGGAUAAAUACUCGACGAUCCUGGACAGAUACUCCAGGAAAAAGCGUCAUGAUCACGGGGAACAUGGUCGUUACGAUUACAGACGCACUCACGAACGAGAACAUAGCUACUUUCACCGCGAAGAUAGUCCUUUUAUUCGCGACGAGAAGACUUUAGAGCCAUCGGUGACUCGCACCGUCGUCAAGAGUCCCGCCAGCGUGGUUCUAUCCGAGAAAGCCUACCCUUACGUCAAGUCUGCCGUGGUGAAAGAGUUCAAACGGGAGAAGACACCAGCCUAUCACAGAACCGACCGACAAACCUUGCUCACCUCGGAUACGUACAGACGAUACGGUAGACACAAGUCAGGCCACGCUGAGACAAGAACUCGCAAAGUCCGACCCUAUCGAAACGGGAAGAGCGAGCAACUGGAGUCCAGCUCGACCGCGCUCAGACUAACCCGACCUAUGAAAGUCGACACGGUAAUUGCCACCGAGAAGACAGACGCCCUCGAUCCCGAUAAAACUCCUACUGGUAGCGUAGUGCCCGAGACCGGCAUCGACGCUGUCCAGACCAUCGACGAAGACGAUCCAGCGAUCUCCGAAAGAGCAGCGAAACGAAAAGAGAUUCAAAGCUUGAUCCUGAAGUACGCCGCCAUGGAAGAGACCUACAGCCAAUUGGCGGCCGGCGGUACCAUCAAAAUGCGGCCCAGCACCACGGACAUUAUCGCCAGCAAGUAUAGGAAAAGCAACCAUCAAAACGAACGAAAAGACGCGCCGAAGAAUGCGUCUGCGAGUGUCGUUAACAACGCGGACGCGAUCCAACACGCGAUUAGUCCACGACCGCCCUCCGUCGAGGACGACGAAGACGGCCACCUUGUUUACCAAUCCGGCGACAUCCUGGCAAAUAGAUAUAAAGUACUGGCCACCCUAGGAGAGGGUACUUUUGGAAAAGUUGUCAAGGUUAAGGACUUGCAAAUGGAUCACGUGAUGGCACUGAAAAUCAUCAAGAACGUAGAGAAGUAUAGGGAAGCCGCGAAGCUCGAAAUAAACGCCUUAGAGAAAAUCGCGACCAAGGAUCCGGAAGGCCAACAGUUAGUAUCUGCUGGCCUAUGCGUGAAGAUGCUUGACUGGUUCAACUAUCACGGGCACAUGUGUAUAGCCUUCGAGAUGCUUGGACUUAGUGUAUUCGAUUUCUUGAGAGACAAUAGUUACCAGCCAUAUCCGUUGGACCACGUCAGGCACAUCGGGUACCAGCUUUGCUACGCCGUAAAAUUUCUCCACGAUAACAAACUCACGCACACCGAUCUGAAACCGGAGAACAUAUUAUUCGUAGACUCCGAUUAUGACGUUAUAUACCAAACUAAAAGGCGAAAGGAUAUUAGGCGCGUAAAACGGACAGACAUCAGGCUCAUCGAUUUCGGUAGCGCAACAUUCGACCAUGAACAUCACAGCACGAUCGUCAGUACGAGACAUUACAGAGCGCCUGAAGUAAUUUUAGAAUUAGGUUGGUCCCAGCCUUGUGACGUUUGGUCGAUUGGCUGCAUCCUUUUUGAACUGUACCUGGGUAUUACUUUAUUCCAAACACACGACAACCGGGAGCACUUAGCGAUGAUGGAGCGUAUACUUGGCACGAUUCCACAUCGUAUGGCUCGCAAGACCAAGACCAAGUACUUCUACCACGGUAAAUUGGACUGGGACGAGAAGAGCUCUGCUGGUAGAUACGUGCGUGACAAUUGUAAACCUUUGCAUCGUUGUAUGCUUUCUGACGACGAAGAACACCGGCAGCUAUUUGAUCUUGUUCAGAAAAUGUUAGAGUAUGAACCAGCCCAGAGGAUAGCUCUGAAUGAUGCACUCGCGCAUCCCUUCUUUGACGCGCUACCGGCACACCAGAGAUUACCCGACCUUCGGGCAGCUGGAGACUCUCAGCAAUCUCAUGAACGAUCACAUUCUCUCUCUCGAUGAAGCUAGGAAUGGGACCGACUUCCCUACUGGACAGACACUCCUCUAUCGGCGACACUACUAAUCUACGUCACUAUCCUUACAUCAUUAGGUCUGACGAGGCUAUGUCUUUUCCCCAAGAACGUGAUUCGAUGACGUCGGUCAAGACAUACAGGAUAAUCGUUGAGCGAUCGAAAUUGCAAGAUCUCUAAAAUGUAUGUUGUAAGGAUAUUUAGGUAACAACAUCGGAACUCUGCGAUGUAAACGAUUGUCAACUGAACCGUGAAUUAAUCGAAUUGUUUACCAGACGACGUGAAAUAAAAGCAGUAGUGAAAUGGUGCUGUGGAACUUGGACUUAAUUAAGUAUGUGUACGUCGAAUGGCUAAAAUCAGCGCUCGUAGAUGACGGCGUAUUUUCAUCUCCGUUUAUAGACAUCAGAAUGGGUAGAUAGCUAAAUUACUAACGAGAUCCCUGUUACUGGUGCAAAUCGGCCAGUGUGUCUGCUCAGUGUAGCGUAACAGCGUCCCAAUCACAUCGU